AUGAAGAAAAGCAGGAGUGCGCUGGGGGUUUCACCAGACGAUGAGAGUGAGGAGCCUGCUUCGGGGCAGUUUCCCACUGGCAGCACCCUGGGAGUGGAGCUGUGCAAAGUCCACAGGCGUUUCUCAGGCAACCUGCAGCUGCCUCCAUUGUCAUGGCGACAGGCAGAGAGGGAACGGGACAGGGGCAGGUCCCCGACACCUGACGAGGAUCCUGUGACCCGGACCAGACCCACGAGCCUGCCCAUCGUCUCUCUGCCGCGCAUUGACAUCACCCAGGCCGACCCAGACAGCUUUGAAGUUGAGAAUGGCCCAUCAUUGUGCUGCAGCCCCUCAGACCAGGUGUCCCCAGGUUCAGGACUGGUUUUACAUCCCAACCUGGCAGGCCAUGGUCAGCGCCGGGAGUCCUUCCUCUACCGCUCUGACAGCGACUACGAGCUCUCGCCCAAGUCCAUGUCUCGAAACUCCUCCAUAGUUGGGGAACUGCAUGGAGAGGACUUGAUUGUAACUCCCUUUGCCCAGGUUUUGGCAAGUCUUCGUACUGUCAGAAACAACUUUGUCAUCUUGACAAAUGUACAGUGUACAUCUAAUAAGAGGUCUCCUGCUGCAAAUCAGCCUCCUGCCACCAAAGUGUGUCUGUCAGAUGAGUCCUACCAGAAGCUUGCAAUGGAGACCAUGGAGGAGUUGGACUGGUGUCUGGACCAGUUGGAGACCAUCCAGACCUACCGCUCCGUCAGCGACAUGGCCUCCAAUAAGUUCAAGAGGAUGCUGAACCGGGAGCUGAGCCAUCUGUCAGAGAUGAGUCGCUCUGGCAACCAAGUGUCAGAGUACAUCUCCAACACCUUCCUAGACAAGCAGAAUGAGUUGGAGCUGCCAUGCCCAGUUCCCAAGUCCAGGGAGAGGAAGAGGAGGCAGGGCCACCAGGGGCAUCAUGCCAGCCAGCAGGUCCAGCAGCAGCAGCAGCAGCAACAGGGUGGGAUGAUGACUCAGAUCAGCGGGGUGAGGAAGGUCAGCCAUACGCCCAGUCUCUCUGGCUGCACCGUCAAUCGCUUCGGGGUGAAGACCGACCAGGAGGAGCUGCUGUCUAAGGACCUGGAAAACAUCAAUAAAUGGGGCCUGAAUAUCUUCAGGGUGGCAGAGCACUCCCACAACCGACCGCUCACAUGCAUCAUGUACGCCAUCUUUCAGGAGCGAGACCUGAUGAGAACAUUCAAGAUUCCAGCAGACACCUUUGUGACGUUCAUGCUGACCCUGGAGGACCACUAUCACUCGGAUGUGGCCUAUCACAACAGCCUGCACGCUGCCGACGUAGCCCAGUCCACACACAUCCUGCUGUCCACCCCCGCUCUGGACGCGGUCUUCACUGAUCUGGAGAUCUUGGCGGCCAUUUUUGCUGCAGCCAUUCACGAUGUGGACCACCCAGGAGUGUCCAACCAGUUCCUCAUCAACACAAACUCGGAGCUGGCUCUGAUGUACAACGAUGAGUCAGUGCUGGAGAACCACCACCUGGCUGUGGGCUUCAAGCUGCUGCAGGAGGAGAACUGCGACAUCUUCCAAAACCUCACCAAGAAACAGAGGCAGACCCUCAGGAGGAUGGUCAUAGACAUGGUAUUGGCCACUGACAUGUCGAAACACAUGAGCUUGCUGGCUGACCUGAAGACCAUGGUGGAAACCAAGAAGGUGACCAGCUCUGGGGUUCUGCUGCUGGAUAACUACACAGACAGGAUGCAGGUUCUGCGUAACAUGGUUCACUGUGCGGACCUGAGCAACCCAACCAAGUCCCUGGAUUUGUAUCGGCAGUGGACGGACAGGAUCAUGGACGAGUUCUUCCACCAGGGAGACAGAGAGAGGGAGAGGGGGAUGGAGAUCAGCCCGAUGUGUGACAAACACACCGCCUCAGUGGAGAGAACACAGGUGGGCUUCAUUGAUUACAUCGUCCACCCUCUGUGGGAAACGUGGGCUGACCUGGUGCACCCUGAUGCCCAGGACAUCCUGGACACGCUGGAGGACAACAGGAACUGGUACCAGAGCAUGAUUCCUCAGAGCCCCUCGCCUCCCUUCUACACCAGUGAUGGAGAGGGUGGCCGACACGGGGAGGUGGAUGGAGCGCCGGUGGGCAACAAGUUCCACUUUGAACUGACGCUGGAUGAGCAGGACAGGCAGAGUGCAGAGAGCCAGAGUGGGAUGAUGGAGACGGCUGGCGGGUGUGAUGAUGUCACACUACAGGAUCACUCCUCUGACCAGGAGGGGGUGGAAACGGCCACGCGUGACGUAUCCCCAGCUGAAACAUAGCUGAAAACUGUCAGUCGCUGUCAGUCUGGGUGCAGCAAGUUUUUUGCUGCUUUUGGCUGAAAUCGUUUAGUUGCAGUGGAGCAAUCCUGCAAUCUGGCUCUUUGGAGCUGCCUGGCUAAGAGGGCCUGACUGACUGUGCACACCCCUGUAAAAGAGGGUUGGAAACCCUGUGGCAGUUUGUUUUUGAGCCUCCCCAGAGAGAGAGGAUGAAGAGGAGUGCCGCCGCAGUUCUUUAAAAAGGGGACUAUUGUAGAACUGCAGAAGCAGGGCCGUGGGUCAGUUCCCAAAGAUACUGAAGGCAAAGUGGACGAUAUAUAAAUCAAUGUACUGGGACAAGUGAAGAACUCUGAGCUUGCACUUCAGGACAUUUUUUUAUGUUCAUUUAGAUUCUUUGUAUUGUGUUGGGAUUGGACGCCACCUGGUAAAGUGUCCAAUCAAACUACUGGUCAACAUGUCUUUGUAGUAGUUUACUUUUUUCUAACACUUGUCUAAGGUUGUGUGCCUUUUUUACAACCAUGUCUUUUGUAAGUGUUUUUAUAAUUUAUUGAACACGUUCAUGUAGCUGUAAAAUAUGUUUUCUACAAACAAAAGGACAUAUUUGUGUCUCACAUGGUCUUCCUGAUGUUCUGGCAAUAGUAUAAGCUUCUCCUCACAAAAAUGUUCAGUGGAUGUAAAUCAAAAAUCAUUGGACUUCCUAGCACAGUUUGCACUUUGUGUAAUAGGAUGAAGAAGUGUAUAACUUAAGCAUCAGUUAUUUUCUUAGCCACAAGACAUUAUGUAAAACAUGUAAAACCAAAUAUUAUUACAUUAGAUGUAUGAGUAUAUAGAUACAACCCUCAUUCAAAUAUUUUACUAAUUUAUGCUAAUUAAUCAUAUAAUCAAUUUACUGACUUUGAUAUAAUUCAGUCUCCCUUAAAGUAAAAAAAAAAAAAAGUUUGUGUUUGGUGAAAUGUCCAAAGUCAAAAGCUGUAAACAACUCCAAAGAUCUUGUGAUGGAAGCACUUUGAUGUAUUCACUGCCACCUUGGAAAAGUGUGACACCAUGCUAGACCAGUUGCUAAUCUUAACAUAUUGGUCCUCCCUCCAGACAUUGACUGAUCCCUCACAUCAUCCAACAUGGAAAUUCACUGGUCAUUUCAUUUAACCAACUCCAAAUUUGAACCGGAAGAGUUCUAGCUAAUCAAAGGCAACAAUUAAAUACACUUUCAUUAAAACAUUUUUGAGAAAAGAAUAAAAAAAAAGCCUAAUUCAAAGGGAGCUUAACUUUAACUUUUUCAUCCCCAUUCCUGACAGACACAGCAUUCCAGUUAAUGAAAACAUUUCAACUCAAAGUGACAUGUUUUGAGCUCUGAAUGACAGUAGACUGCGUGCACACAUAACAUACAUAAAAGAUAGCGAUUAG